ACAAGCCUCAAACUUUGAUCGAUGAAGAUGUACAAGUGAUGAGAGAGAUUCGAGGAUUUAAUCUCUGUGGACAAAAACUAUUGUUUCUAAACCGGUGGAGGAUUUAUUUUCCUGUGAUAUAAAAAAAAUUUUGUGUGUGUGUGUGUGUGUGUUUAUUUUUUUUUUUCUUCAAACAUCUUCUCUUCUUCUAUGGGAAUCAGCUGACAGCAUGGGGAUACUGCUAUUAUUCGCCGUCUUGCAAAUGGUGACUGUCGGCUUGGUGACCGCUGGCUGCCCGGCGGCGUGCGAGUGUGCGGCGGGGCCCGCUUCCUGUCCCCCUGGGGUCAGCUCGGUACCGGACGGCUGCGGCUGCUGCAAGGUGUGCGCCGCUCAGCUCAACCAGGAUUGCCACGAGGGACGGCCCUGUGACCACCACAAGGGCCUGGAGUGCAACUACGGCAACGACGUGGGCCGCACCCACGGCAUCUGCAGGGCAAAGGCGGAGGGCCGCUCGUGCGAGUACAACGGGCGGAUUUACCAGAACGGCGAGAAUUUCCACGCCGGCUGCAAGCACCAGUGCACCUGCAUCGAUGGAGCGGUGGGCUGCGUGCCCCUCUGCCCCAGCCACGUGCCCCUGGCGUCGCCCUCCUGUCCCGCGCCACAGCUGGUCAAAGUGCCGGGCCAGUGCUGCCUCACCAUUGACUGCCACGGGGGCACCACGGUCGUGUCGCCGGUGCACCAUCGACCCCAGCCGCCGGCCUACCCGCCUUACCACUUCAUUCCCUACCCGGCCUACCCCUUCCUGAAGCCUUACCCGAAACCCUACCGGAAGCUGUACCCCUACAAACCCAAAAGGGAGAAGGACGCCCUGGGCAACGAGCUGGUGGAGGUGGGGCGCAAGUGGGCCAAGGCGCGUGGAAACAAGCACCUGGCGGCCUGGAGGCAGGUGGGCGAUCAGUGCGUGGUUCAGACUACUUCCUGGUCCCAGUGUUCUCGGAGCUGUGGGAUGGGCGUCUCCUCUCGGGUCACCAACGACAACGCCCGGUGUAAGCUGAUCAAGGAGACGCGCCUGUGCAACAUCCGGCCCUGCAGAUCCAUGUCCAUCCCCGUCAAGAAAGGAAGGAAGUGCUCCCGCACCCACAAGGCCCCCGAGCCCCACCGCCUGUCCUACGCGGGCUGCAGGAGCACCCGCCUGUACAGGCCUAACUACUGUGGCGUGUGCCGGGACGGCCGCUGCUGCUCGCCGCGUCGCACACGCACCGCCAGCGUGGCCUUCGCCUGCCCGGACAGCGAGCGCUUCAGCCGGUCCGUGAUGUUCAUCCAGUCCUGCAAGUGCAGCGACGAGUGCAACCACCUCAACGAGGCCGCCAUGCCCCCUCAGCGGUGGCUCUACGGGGACACUCACAAGUUCAUCGACUAGUGGUGUCACACACACCCUCCUCCCACCCCGACCUACAUUCCCUCACAAUAAAACUAAAGACAUCACUUUCCCCCAUUAUAGAAUAGCUGUCCUUAGUGUAUCUAUAAGUAGAAGCAAGCGAGGUGAACCAGUCGAAUCAUCUCAUCUGAUGAUUAUUUCGGGAGUUGAGGAGAAGGAGGAGGAAUCCGACGGGAGCAAAGUGCCCAGCCCCUGCUUUAGUGUAGAUGCAGAGAGUUGUUUCUGGCCUGGCCAGACUGACAAAAACAUUACGCAAAAGGUGAACGCAACCAGCUGCCAUGUUGCUGCCGUGCACCAAGAAUGUCCCCUGAACUCUUGAGACUUUAGUUGGGGACGCUGGAGCAAGGGCACACACACACACACACGCACACAUACACACACUGGCAUAACUACUGGUGGCGUUGAUUCACAUCAGUCACCGAGCAACAGGUCUGACGUUGCUUUGGAGCCAAAUGUGAAUCAAUAUGAAUCAUGCGUCAAUGCGCUCUGAUAAACGCAAUAUUGAUGAACCAAAUGAAGACUGGACGGCGAAGGAACUGGGAUCUCGGAUGUCUCUCCGAGGAGCACAGCUUGUGUCUUUUUAUGGUAUUUAUUCACUGGUAUUUAUUGUUGAGACAGACGCAAUGACACAGUGGCUUGCCACCAGGGAAGGGCGGAGCUGCUAUGUUUGGAGCACCAGAGUGGCUGAUUGGUAAGGUGGGUGUGGGGGUCUGAGAGAGGGACAAAACAGCUGAGAGCUGUCAGCCACGAGAGGAAUCCCACAGAUCCGGGGCUUGAACCCUCCCCCCAGGGUAGCAUUGGAGGUCACAGUGGUCAGAAAGCUGCAUCUGAUGAUGGACGAUGGAGGCAACGGUAGAAGAGGAGGUAUGUACUGAGGGGGGGGUGGGGGGGGGGAAUAUGUGAAUAUGGUUGUGUACCCAGCUGGAGUCAUCCCAUGCCUUGCCUAAGCCGAGAAACUGAGGCAUUUAGCAAGCACCAUAAGAACAAGCCUGGGAUUCUGGCGCCGAGACGUCGACCGCCUGGUUCUGUGCAAAUUACAAUCCCGACUGUCCACGGCGAGAGAAGACAAGCCACUCUUAAAAAUGUGCAAAAAGAAAACCGGAGCACACUGACGUAAACAUGUAAUUUGUGACUUGGCGGGCAGAACCCUGUAAUCGAGCAGCACGCCGGCUCGGGGAAAACAAAACGAUAAGUUUGAGCUUCUUCCAUGUUUUCAGUGGCGACUGCUUCUGAGGAAUGCUGUCAAAGGCCAGUUGAAGUCAACUGUCCGAGAGGAGCCACGGCUACUGGACGCCAGUAACAACCUACUCCCAGGGACAUUUUAGGAGGGGUAAUUCUGUAGUAUUCUGUUUUCUGCUAAAGUCCUUUGUCAUGCCUGAAGAGCCCACCCGUCUCACUUAACUGGGACUUGACGACAGCCCGGAUUCACAACCUUUGAUCUCAUUGAAAGGUUAAACAGAGGGACUGAAUACACAUUUUUAAUGAGUUAUUCUAAAUCAUUUGACCGUUUCCUCAAUGCAAAGAUGUGCCAUAAAAAGGUGGCGGACGUUUUUUCUUCUUCAGUUUGCUGUGAAACUGGAAAAUAUUUGCAUUUUCUACCAUCUUGGCUACAGUAGGCAUUAAUUGUUUUUUGCCUAAACUUUACAUGCGAUUGUAAUGGUUCACCAUGUUGCCAUUUGCCUUUGUAGACGCUGUGGUGUUGGUACUGUAUGUCUAGUUUUGUUAAAGAGGACACUAUAGAGCAGCUAUGGUCAGAUGCAUCGUUAAGUUCUAUCUGCUGUAUCAAGGGCCAAACCGUUUAGUUAUACUGAAGUAGUCCAUGUAUAGUUUAGCACUGAACAAAGCGUCCUUUUAUGAGCGCGAAGUUGAAAGCAUGAUUGUCUACUAAUGUACAUUAACACCAUCUCCAAUAGUUGUACUUUUUAAAACGUCUCAAGAGAAACGUGUUCAUGCUUUCCUCAUGAAUAUUUGUUGUAAACUGUCUAGCACAAGCUGGAUUUUGAAGAGUUGGAAUGAGUUCAAUUUGCAUUUUUAAUAAAGACAUUUUCCCCUC